UCACGUUCUCUACGCCCUCCAACCUCUUUGGGGAAAUUUUCCAUCAUUCCUUUCCACACAAAUAACGCAUUUCUACGUUAUCAUUUUUCAAUCACAAUUCACAAAUCAAAUCAAAAUCCAAGGGGAUCUGAAGACUGAAGUUGAGGUGAGAUUUUUCCGAGUUAAGGAAAAGCAUGGAGAAAAUUACGGCGUUCCAAAGAUUUUCUAGAGCUUUCCGAGGGAAUUCAUCGCUUACUAAAAUGUUGAUUGUUUUCACCGUCAGUGGUGGUGGACUUGUAGCGUAUUCUGAGGCUAAACCUGAUAGUGGUAUGAAUGCCAUUACAUCGACUGAGGCUAAACGUCAUAAUGGUACGAAUGUCAUUCCUUCAUCUGAGGCUGAUGGGAAGAAAAAGAAGGUGGUGGUACUUGGAACUGGUUGGGCUGGAACAAGUUUCUUGAAGAACCUGAAAAAUUCCUCAUACGAUGUCCAAGUCAUAUCACCGCGUAACUAUUUUGCAUUCACACCAUUGUUGCCAAGUGUCACCUGCGGUACAGUGGAACCUCGCAGCAUUGUUGAACCUAUUCGUAACAUUGUCAGAAAGAAAAGCGUAGAUGUUCAUUACUGGGAAGCAGAAUGCUUCAAGAUUGAUGCAGAUAAUAAGAAAGUGUAUUGUCGGUCUAACUUGACAACCGAUCUUGAUGGGGAAGAAGAAUUUUCAGUGGACUAUGACUACCUUGUGAUUGCCAUUGGAGCUCGUGCAAAUACCUUCAACAUUCCUGGAGUGGCGGAAAAUUGCCAUUUCUUGAAGGAAAUAGAAGAUGCUCAGAGGAUUCGUAGGACAGUUAUUGACUGUUUUGAGAGGGCCAGCUUACCUAGCAUCACUGAUGAAGAGAGAAAGAAAAUUCUUCAUUUUGUUGUUAUUGGUGGAGGUCCAACAGGUGUGGAGUUUGCAGCAGAGCUUCACGAUUAUGUGAAUGAAGAUCUAGUCAAAUUAUACCCCAAGGCUAAAGAUUUAGUUAAGAUAACACUUCUUGAGGCAACAGAUCAUAUUUUGAACAUGUUUGACAAAAGAAUUACGGCUUUUGCGGAAAAAAAAUUUCAAAGAGAUGGUAUUGAUGUAAAAACAGGGGCUAUGGUUGUGAAAGUAUCAGAUAAAGAAAUUUCCGCUAAAGAAGUUAAGAAUGGGGGGAAUAUAUAUUCAAUGCCAUAUGGCAUGGCUGUCUGGUCAACGGGUAUUGGAACUCGUCCUGUUAUAAUGAAUUUUAUGAAGCAGAUUGGUCAGCCUAACAGACGUGCAUUAGCAACUGAUGAAUGGCUACGAGUAGAAGGAAGUGACAGCAUCUAUGCACUUGGAGAUUGUGCCACAAUCAAUCAGCGCAAAGUCAUGGAGGAUAUUUGUGCCAUAUUUCGCAAAGCAGAUAAAGACAACUCUGGAACACUUACAGCUAAUGAAUUUCAAGAAGUCCUUGAUGACAUAUGUGAAAGAUACCCCCAAGUUGGCCUCUAUUUAAAACAAAAACAAAAGAAUAGUUUGGUUGAUCUGUUGAAAGAUUCGAAGGCGGAUGUCGUAAAUGAAUCUGUUGAAGUAAAUCUUGAAGAGUUCACAGUAGCUCUUUCCCAGGUAGAUUCUCAGAUGAAGAAUCUUCCAGCAACUGCUCAGGUUGCAGCACAACAAGGUUCCUACCUUGCUGAUUGUUUCAACCGCAUGGAGAAGUGCGAAAAAAAUCCAGAAGGUCCUCUUCGGUUCAGAGGAGAAGGACGUCAUCGUUUCCGCCCCUUCAGGUACAAGCAUUUUGGACAAUUUGCUCCUUUGGGAGGGGAGCAGACAGCUGCCCAACUUCCAGGAGAUUUAGUUUCGAUUGGCUACAGCUCCCAGUGGCUUUGGUAUUCUGUGUAUGCAAGUAAGCUAGUCAGUUGGCGAACAAGAGCAUUGGUGAUAUCAGACUGGGGAAGGCGUUUCAUCUUCGGGAGAGACUCCAGCGGCAUUUAAGAGAGCGAACAGUUUUUCGAUAUAUAUCCAAUCUGGCCGAGAGAAUGUACUUGACAACACGACACCAAGUUUUGCAGCUAGAUGCGAAGUUAUGACAGAAAAUAUUCAGUCUUGUCCCUUUUCUUGUAUUCGAAUAAAGAUAUUGCUCUAUGAUUUCUCACUUGUUCAUGUUGAUUUUUUCAUUUUCUUCUAUUGUUUAAUUUUUUAAACUCUGGCCAAUAUAUCGGUGUAAGAACAUGGAUGCUUUAAUUUUGGUUUGAGACUGCGUUACAGUUGAUGAUAUUUGUGAUAUCGCAUGUGAA